GAUUCGGUAGACUUGGCUUGGAAGACAUGAUUGACACUCGGUUGACAUUCGGUUUACAGUGGGUGAAGACUAGGAAGACAAGUACAUUUGCUAAGUGGUUUAGAGAAUGAGUUCAUAUGCAAGACCCGACAUCAACUGAGUGAAGUGAGGAGUGUUUAAUGCUGUUGUGAUAAGGCCGGUGACAAGCUGAGGGUGUUUGAGAGGAGAGCCUGGCGAUUUCAUGACAGCAGUUGCAUAGUUCCAAGAGGUGUGUUUCAACAAAACAAAAAAACUCAUCACAUACAGUACCUUUAAUCAGCAGAUUAUAAGGACAAAGUUGCUGGGAUGUGGCCGUUUACAUAUUUCCUUCAACCAGUUCCUCCUCCACCACCUCCAGCAGAGUUUGACAGGCCCUGGAGGACAGUAAACUGGAAUGAACCUGUGCAAAACCUGUUGAGAAAAGUAGAUGAUUUCCAGCCUGGAGACUCAGAAGUCGACACUCUCAGAAUUCUUCUGCAUGGACCCGUAGGGGCUGGGAAGUCAAGUUUCAUCAACUCUGUGGAUACUGCUCUUCAAGGCCACAUUACUACCAGAGUCCCAACAGAUGCCAGAAUUGAGAAAGGUUUCACUUUGGAGUGUAAAACUUACAAGCUAAAGAAGGUCACAACUGGCUUUUACCCUUUCACAUUUACUGACACAAUGGGUAUUCAAGCUACAGAAGGGAUACAGACUGAUGACAUCAUCAAAAUAUUACACGGUCACAUGAGAAAUGAUUAUGUUUUUAACCCAGUUAAACCAAUCACAAAAGAAGACUCAAAGUACAACAGACACUGUAGUCUGAAGGACAGGAUUCACUGUCUGGUGUCUGUAUUCCCUGCAAACCAAAUUUCAUCAAUCCCAGAAGAUGUCAUUAGAAAAAUGAGAGAGAUUCGAGAGAAAGCACGAGACAUGGGCAUUCCUCAAGCCAUCAUCAUGACUAAGGUGGAUGAAACAUGUCCACUGGUAAAAGAAAAUCUAGAGAAGAUCUACACAAGCAAGAAAAUAAAAGAGAAGGUGCAGGAAUGUUCAGUCACACUUGGAAUAACUGAGAGCUGCAUCUACCCUGUGAAAAACUAUCAUGAGGAGGAUGCCACCGUCCCAAAAAUAGAUAUUCUGAUUUUAAAGGCAUUAAUAAAUAUUGUAAACUUUGCUAUUGACUAUGUGGAGGACCACAAAUGAGAAAACAAUACAAGCAAUGUGUCCUAUGCAGAUGGUGGUAAUUGAAAGGAGUUGUACACCUCUAGACUUGAAGAGGUUCUACAUCAUCUAGCCAUAUUUGUGCCAGCUGUGCAAGGGAUUUGGUAAACUCUAUUCAGAGACGGAAGCGGAAGUAACCAUACACUGCUUCGCGGCAGAACGGAAGAUGCAUGACGUCAUCUGAAAAGGGCUUAUUAGAAAAAUAUACUAUUUUGAUACUGAAGUACAUUGCUGUGGAGUUCAUGAUUUCUAUGUUGUAUGCAUGAAACUAUGAGAAGGCAUACUGGAAUUUCAAAAAAGGUUUCCUGCACUGACAAGACACUCCCUAAAGACCUGUCCUAAGCUCAAUCCAUUGAACAAAUGUUGUUAUCGCAGCUACUCAAGAAUGCUGUGUAGGGUUGAGAUGAUUUGAUAAAAGGAAUGUUUUAUUUUGAUUGUGUUUACACAUUUUGAGAUAAUAAGCAUACAAGUAGUUUCACUUGGAUUUGUCUCUGUCAUCUUAAAAUCAAGUAUUUAAAGCGCCAGUGAAAUCAAAAUGAAUGUUUUUUUUCCUUUUAUUAAAAAUAAGUUAAGCCCUAAGGAUCAAAUCAAAUGGUAAAGCAGUUUUGGCAUUGUCAUUAAUACUGAGAGCAUACAGUUAUUACUAUUUUCUAUAUAGAGCCAAAUAGAAAAUUCACAAUUCAACUACAAAUAUUUUUGUAAAUAAUUUAUAAGGCCACAACCAUAAAAGGACAGUCAUAAAGUUUCAAGGCACAAAAAAAGUAAUUUGAUCAAAGUGCAAAGUACAUGAUAAAUCACAUAUAUUUAGACUGCUUUACAGGUAAGACCUAAGCCCACAUACUUCUCUUAUGUUUAAAACCUUUUUAUACAUUUGAUCCAUUUUUAUGAUUAUAUAAUAGUGAAAUGAUGUUUAUCUACCAAAACUUCUCUGGCUUUAGCGAUGUCUUUGAUUCUGUUCUAUGAUAAGCAUAUAGGCUACUAGCCAAUGUAGCAUAAAAUCUAAAUAAUGUCAGUAGUGCCAAAGGUUAAUAUAAAGAAACGUUUUAAUCAGCGUUUACAUUUUGAUAAAUAAUAUCUAAUUAAUAUUUGAUUUUUAACAGUAAGCAUAUGAGGACAAACAAUCGCUUAAAUGGGUGCAGCAGCAAGCAGUAAGUGAUUUUCUCCAUUAGACCAGAACCAGAUGAAAUCAUUAUCUAUUGGUUUAAUUGUCUGAUUUUUUAAUUCAUGUACU